CUCGCUCUGACCUCAUUUGCUGACCCGUCCCCUUGUUUUCUUUUUGUUUUACGCUGCAGGUUGGAGACUGGCCGUGAACACGUCUUGCCCAUUGACUAUUACUUUCCACCUCAGAAGACUUGCCUGAUCUGUGGAGACGAAGCAUCUGGGUGCCACUAUGGAGCCCUCACUUGUGGUAGCUGCAAAGUCUUCUUCAAACGGGCGGCUGAAGGUAAACAGAAAUACCUCUGUGCCAGCCGGAACGACUGCACCAUCGACAAAUUCCGAAGGAAAAACUGCCCAUCCUGCCGCCUGCGGAAGUGCUACGAGGCUGGGAUGACUCUCGGAGCCCGCAAGCUGAAGAAGCUGGGUAACCUGAAGACACAAGACGACGCUGAUGCAGCCAGCUCAUCCAGCCCCACAGAGGAGCAAGCUCCCAAGAUGGUGAUAACGCACAUUGAUGGGUAUGAGUGCCAGCCCAUCUUCCUCAACGUCCUGGAGGCCAUUGAGCCUGGCGUGGUGUGUGCUGGCCAUGACAACAGCCAGCCAGACUCCUUCUCCAACCUGCUGACCAGCCUGAAUGAGCUCGGGGAGAGGCAGCUGGUCUACGUGGUCAAGUGGGCAAAGGCCUUGCCAGGAUUUCGCAACCUGCAUGUGGAUGACCAGAUGUCAAUAAUCCAGUACUCUUGGAUGGGCCUUAUGGUGUUUGCUAUGGGCUGGAGAUCUUUCACCAACGUCAAUUCCAGGAUGCUUUACUUUGCUCCAGAUUUGGUCUUCAACGAGUACCGGAUGCACAAAUCCAGAAUGUACAGCCAGUGUGUCAGGAUGCGGCACCUCUCUCAGGAGUUCGGGUGGCUUCAGAUCACACCCCAGGAGUUUCUCUGUAUGAAGGCUCUGCUCUUCUUCAGUAUUAUUCCUGUGGAUGGCCUGAAGAACCAGAAGCUCUUUGAUGAACUUCGAAUGAAUUACAUUAAGGAACUUGACCGUAUCAUCGCUUGCAAGAGGAAGAACCCUACCUCCUGCUCUCGGCGAUUUUACCAGCUCACCAAGGUCCUGGACUCCGUGCAUCCUAUUGCCAAGGAUCUGCAUCAGUUUACAUUCGACCUUUUAAUUAAGGCACAUAUGGUGAGCGUGGACUACCCCGAAAUGAUGGCCGAGAUCAUCUCUGUGCAGGUUCCCAAGAUCCUGUCUGGAAAAGUCAAGCCUAUCUACUUCCACGCACAGUGAUCUUCGGAGGGACCUCCCAGUUCUGCCAUGCCCAUUUCAGCCAUCUCCUGCCUGUUAUUUCUGCACUACUGUACUGCAGUGCCUUGGGGAAUCCCCUCUACGGAGGCGGCGUGCCAAGAAGACGGACAGUAACAAACGACUACCUGCUGGGAUUCCUGAGAUUUCUAUUUUUCCUGAGGUACCUCUGGACUGAACUGCCCACCACGGUUUCUGCCUGGAUUCGGCUGGCGCGCUGUGCUGGGACAGGAGGGGACUGUGGCACGGUGACAGUGGCACCAUGUCUCUGCUCUCUUGUUUGUGUGUUUUCCACAGUGACUCUUACGGCCCAGAGCCACCGGAGAUUGGGAGAAACGCCAGCAGCUGUUGGGUUGGGGUUUAUUUUUUAAACAGAACAAGACA